AUGCGUGUCUUAUGUGUUGCAGAGAAGCCAUCUAUGGCGAAAUCUCUUGCGCAGAUACUUUCGCAUGGAUCGUAUACCAAUCGCCCGGGUCGAGACAAGUACUGUCGCAACUAUGACUUUGCAUACAAGCUGCCGCGUCAUGUCUUUGGAUCGCAUGCACCUUCAGUAGGUCCGAGCAUGAUAUCUGCUGAGAUUACGUUCACGUCCGUCCGUGGCCAUAUGAUGGAACUUGAUUUUCCAGAAGAGUACCGCUGGGGCAAGUGUAAUCCUUCUGCCCUAUUCCAAGCUCCAAUCACUACUAGUAUUUCUAAAGAAGCCGAAAAACUUGCUCAGAAUCUCUCUGCUGAAGUUCGAGGAUCAGAUAUGCUCAUUAUUUGGACUGACUGUGAUCGUGAAGGUGAAAAUAUCGGAUACGAGGUUGCACAACACUGCCUAUCUAAGCGUAGGAAUCUGGUGGUAAAACGUGCGCGCUUCAGUGCCGUGAUUGCUGACCAGAUUCACCGCGCUUGCAUGAACCUCGUGGACCUGGAUUUGCAUGCUGUGCACGCUGUCGAUGCUCGACAACAAAUCGACUUGCGCAUAGGCGCGGCAUUCACGCGACUUCAAACAGCACGACUCGUUCCAUUGUUACAUGUGGAUCGAAUGGUGAUCAGCUACGGACCAUGCCAGUUUCCGACGUUAGGGUUCGUUGUUGACCAUUAUAGACGCGUUCAGGCUUUUGUUCCGGAGCCAUUUUGGUUCAUCGAUUUGCGUCACAAAACAGAUACUCAUUCCUCGGCGGUGGAAUUCAUAUGGGACAGAAAGCAUCUCUUUGAUGAACACAUUGUGAAAAUCUUGCAUGGACGAUGCAAAGAAGCUGUUGAAGCACAAGUAACAUGUGUCCAAUGCCGCCCCACAAGCAAGCGGAAACCGUCACCUUUGACUACAGUUGAGCUCCAGAAAAAUUUAUCGCGGUUGACUGGCAUGGCGCCCAAAAAAAUUUUGGACUUGGCAGAAGCAUUAUAUCAACGUGGUCUGCUGUCGUAUCCCCGUACUGAGACGGAUCAGUAUGACAACGACUUUGACUUUGUGGGACUUUUGGACAAGCAGCGCCAAGAUGCACAGUGGGGUGCAUUGGUAUCAGAGUUGUGUGCAUCGGCAGCAGGCGCAACAGUUGCUCCGGGCGCACUCAAAUAUGAACGUCCUCGAAAUGGACGCAAGAACGACAAAGCUCACCCGCCCAUCCACCCCACAGCGCACGCCAACGACCUUCGAGCUGAUGAGAAAAAAGUGUAUGACUACGUAACUCGUCGAUUCCUGGCGAGUUGCGCGACAGAUGCAUUGGGUGAAGAAACCAAAGUGUGCAUUGAAAUGGGCGGCGAGACAUUUCACACGUCGGGGUUGUUUGUGAAGGAUACGGCGUAUAUGAAACUGUUUACCUACGAACAUUGGUCGAACAAAUCGAUUCCAGAGUACCGAGAGCGUCAGCGCUUCCGACCCAGCACAUUGACAGUGAAACAGGGCUGCACAUCAGCGCCUAAGUUGCUGACAGAGGCAGAUCUGGUUCACUUAAUGGACAAGCACGGUAUUGGAACUGAUGCCACCAUCGCAGAACAUAUAAAAAAAGUCAUGGAUCGACAGUAUGUCGUCACGCAAAAGCAAGGAAACACCAACUAUUUACUUCCAUCUACGUUAGGAAUGGGACUUGUUGAAGGAUACGAAGGCUUAGACACGAGUCAGCAGCUAUGCAAGCCCAAAUUACGACAUGAUACUGAGACACAGCUAGGCUUGAUUUCUGCAGCACAACGAACUAAAGACGAUACUAUUACCGAAUGCAUGGAAGAGUACAAAAAGAUUUACGACGUUGUGGAACGAGACUUUGAUCGCAUCGGACGAGCCGUGAGUACCUAUUUUCAAGCGCUUCCCUCAUCCUCCGGCCCAUCUUUUCCGUCACUUGCGCAAAACACUGAAACAGCAAGAGCAGCGACUACCUCCCAUGAUAUACCCAAAUGUCAUUGUGCUCAUGUAUGCAAGUCGUCUACUGAUGCGCGUUCCGGGCGCUCGUAUUGGUCGUGUGGUAAACAAGGGCAUGCCAACGAUGAUUGCGGCUUUUUUAAGUGGUGCUCUGCUCCGCCCCCCUCGUCGAGUGAGCCACGCAUGAAGCGCCAGAGAACUUCUGCAACCUGCCCGGAGCGCAUCAUGUGUCAUUGUGACCUGACGGCAAAACGCUGUGAAACUCGAAAGGGUCCGAACACGGGACGUGUAUUUUAUGCAUGUCCGAAAGAGAGCGCUCGUGCCAGAUGCAAGUUUUUCGCGUGGGCUGACGAGAAUGAUACCGCGGUCGCAAGCAGCGCGCCUUCACGUCCGCGUACAAGCUCAAAGAGAACGAAUGGUCGCAGGAAUUCGAGGCGCACGCCUAAUCGAAUGAGAUAG